AUGACAACUGUUGAUCAAAGUGAGAAUCAAGUUGAGGCCCCUUCCAGGCCUCAUUCACCUGAGAGAAGUAUGGAAGGGCCGAUAUCUUCGGACCAGACAGAUAGGCAAUCAUGGCAAGAUACUGGCCAGUCAACAGGAUCGAGCAGCUCGGUGGACUAUGAUCCUCGGUCUCACGCACUCCGUUCACGUAAUACGGAAGUCGACCUGGAGCGUUAUCAGACAGCUGCAUCGAAUUCUCUGAGCCGGAUCGAAACCCAACGACUGCAGCAUGCUAUGACCGUGGGUGAAAGCGUCAAGGCACGACCUUCCAGAGCCCCCUUGCCUCCGUUUGGUGCUGGUAAACCCUAUCCGCCACUCCUACCCCCUCAAGAAGAGUAUGUUGUAGAAUUCGACGGAAAAGAUGACCCGUUGUAUCCCCAGAACUGGCCAUUAGGAAGAAAAACUUACAUCAGCACCAUUCUGGCGUUCACCAGCAUCUGCUCCACUUUUGAUUCCGCCAUUUUUGGCUCUUCGACUAACAAUGUUGCCCGGGUGUUUGGGGUUGGCGUGGAGGUUGCGAGUCUUUCUAGUUCCCUCUAUAUCAUCGGCUACGCUUCUGGGCCUCUGAUUUGGGCCCCAUUAUCCGAGCUCAAGGGCCGUCGUUUGCCCAUCAUUAUCAGUAUGAUGGGAUUUGGUAUAUUUAAUAUCGGCGUAGCAGCAUCCAAGGAUAUACAGACUCUCAUGUUAUGCCGGUUCUUCGCCGGUAUCUUCGGCAGUUGUCCACUGGCCGUAGUAGCGGCCAUUUUCUCGGACAUAUAUAACAACCGCACCCGUGGCAUCGCGAUCGCCAUGUUCUCGAGUACCGUCUUUCUCGGGCCUCUUCUGGCGCCGUUCAUCGGUGGCUUUAUCAAUACGUCCUACCUGGGUUGGCGAUGGACAGCUUACCUCCCAGCGAUCAUGGGCUUCUUCGCUUUUGUGUUGAACCUGUUUUUUCUGAAGGAGUCGUAUCCGCCGGUUGUUUUAAUCGACAAGGCUGCCCUGCUGCGCCGGCGCACCAAAAACUGGGGCAUCCACGCAAAACAGGAGGAAAUCGAAGUUGAUCUUCAAGAGUUACUAAUCAACAACUUUUCACGUCCGCUUCGGCUACUGAUCAGGGAACCAUUGAUCUUAGCAGUGACAGUAUAUCUCAGCUUCAUCUACGGCUUGCUCUACUGUUUCAUGACGGCGUAUACAAUUGUUUUUCAGGGUGUCCAUGGCAUGACUGCGGGUGUAGGCGGACUGCCUUUGUUUGGCAUGGUUGUGGGCUUGCUUAUUGCAGGCUCCUAUAGCAUCUAUUCGAGCAGGGGAUAUAAUGCCAAGUUAGAGGCGAACGGGGGUAUUCCCGUUCCAGAAUGGCGUCUCCCGCCAGUGAUCGUGGGAGGCAUCCUCUUCGCUGUCGGGCUUUUCUGGUUUGGCUGGACCGGAUUCACGGGUAGCAUUCCCUGGAUUGUGCCCACGUUGAGCGGGCUCUUCACUGGCUUCGGACUUUUGAUCGUAUUCAUCCAAUUGUUCAACUACCUUAUCGACACAUAUCUGAUGUUUGCUGCAUCUGCAAUUGCAGCAAAUACUUUCUGCCGUUCACUACUGGCCUCCAGUUUUCCGCUCUUCUCACGGCAGAUGUUCAACAACAUGGGGAUUCAGUGGGCUGCCACGCUCUUAGGAUGCCUGGCCACCAUUCUUGUGCCGAUUCCUAUAUGCUUUUAUUUCUUUGGUAAGAAACUGAGAAUGAGAAGUAAAUUUGCGCCUAUUUAUGAAAAGGCUGGCGUGACGGAGAUUGCAGAGAAUGAGCUUGUCGAGGGACCUGACGAGACUGCCAGGAACUAG